UGUGUGUAUUUUCAUUCCAGUAUGGCGGCGCUUGUUGCGGAGGAGGGCAACUUACUAUAAAUUACCCGUCAUUUAACACGGAUAGUUUGGAGUGCUUUAUUUACUUCGUUGGGGUCUUCAUUUGGACCGGCGGGGACGGACUUCGGUGAAAACCCGUAAACUAGCCCGAGUUUUGUUGGAGGGGGAAAGAGGAGAUUUAAGAACAGAAACGCUGCUGUUGCGACGGAGAGUCGAUUCCGAGUCUAUUAGCACAGGCUGCUUGCUAAGCUAGCGCUAAAGCUAGGACCCGACUAGCUAACGGGAUAGCUGCGCGGUGAGUAUUCGAGUGAGUAUCUCAAGGAUUAAGUAGUUCACGACUUGUAGUGUGACGGCUGGGACAACACACUAGGUACGUUAUUUGGGAACGUAGGAUUGUUAACGCUGAACUUUACUACCUCACGGGCUCAGCUCAGCUCUGUUUAAUCGAGUUAACUACUUUCCAAACGCUAGCGCUCUCGUGCGCUUAGCUUAGCUAACAUGCCUACCAAACACUUCAUUCUGUAUGCGUGGCCUGGUUGAGCAUUUAAAUCUGUCCCUGUUAGUCGUGAAUCUGUUUAGAGGCUGGUUUGUGUGUGUGUGUUUAUAUCAGAGCAGAGAUAGUAACCUCAUCGCUUGGCCUUCAAAUCGUGCUUAUGAAUCAUUUUCAGUGAAAACGAACCGACUCACGAACCGAGCCAACAGGUUUACCAGGCGCGAGACGCCUCACGUUUAUUUAACAGGCUUAUCAGGUUGUUUUUAGGGGGUUCAUGUUGAGAUUUCCGAAGAAGCUGGGAUUGUGUACGGAUCGUGAGUGUUGCUGUGAUGUUUGUAAGUUAGUUAGAUUCACGUUUUCAUGCUUAAAGGCGAUGCAAAGUUUGGAUUCCGUUUGACAUCAUGGUGGAUUUGGAAGUCGGGAUUGCAAGAAGAAGAAGGAGGCUCGUAGAGGACAUUAUGUAGUCGGUUUAUUUGGAAACGCCGCCAGUUUUUCUGCACCGCUUAUUAUUUUUAUAGUUUGUAUCUAUAUAUAUUUAUGUGUAUAUAUGAUGCACAAUUAUUUGGGAUCCGCGAGCAAAACGCGACCUCGGCUCCUUUAUUCUUAAAUAAUAAUAACUAAAAAAAAAACCUAGACAGUAGUGUCAGAUCAGAAGGUGUGUCACUCUGGAUCAAGAAGCCCUGCCUUUCUCCUCUGGUUGGAGUAAUACACUGAAGUCGUCAUCAAUGCCUUCGGCGCUGGCUGUGUUCACCUGCCGCCCGAACUCGCACCCGUUUCAGGAGCGUCACGUCUACCUGGACGAGCCGGUGAAGAUCGGGCGCUCGGUCGCGCGCUGCCGCCCGGCCCAGAAUAACGCCACCUUCGACUGCAAGGUGCUCUCCAGGAACCAUGCCCUCGUCUGGUUCGACCACAAGACAGGCAAGUUUUAUCUCCAGGACACCAAGAGCAGCAAUGGCACCUUCAUCAACAGCCAGCGGCUGAGCCGGGGCUCCGAGGAGAGUCCCCCGUGCGAGGUGCUCUCCGGCGACAUCAUCCAGUUCGGAGUGGAUGUCACAGAGAACACGCGCAAAGUCACGCAUGGCUGCAUAGUGUCGUCCAUCAAACUCUUCCUUCCAGAUGGCAUGGAAGCACGACGGCGAUCAGAUGUCAUUCAAGCACCACUACCACUACCUGUUGAUAAGGUUGCCGCAAAUACGCCCAGUAUGUACUCUCAGGAACUGUUUCAGCUGUCUCAGUACCUGCAGGAGGCCUUACACAGGGAGCAGAUGCUGGAGCAGAAGUUAGCUACGCUGCAGAGGCUCCUGGCCAGCACACAGGAGGCCUCUGAGAGCAGCUGGCAGGCUUUAAUAGACGAAGACCGGUUACUCUCAAGAUUGGAGGUGAUGGGGAACCAGUUGCAGGCGUAUUCAAAAAACCAAACGGAGGACGGCAUCCGAAAGGAGCUUGUCGCCUUAACGGAGGACAAACUCAAUUACGAGACUACAGCCAAAGAGUCCCUGAGGCGGGUACUUCAGGAGAAAAUCGAGGUGGUUCGGAAGCUGUCCGAAGUGGAGCGGACUCUCAGUAACACAGAAGAUGAAUGUACGCACCUGAAGGAGAUGAACGAGCGAACUCAGGAGGAGCUGAGAGAGCUGGCCAACAAGUACAACGGAGCUGUGAACGAAAUUAAGGAUCUCACUGACAAGAUCAAGCUGGCUGAAGGCAAGCAAGAGGAGCUCACGCAAAAAGGCCAGAACGAAAAGAAGGAGCUGCAGCUGCGAAUCGAGGAGAUGGAAGAGAAAGAGCAAGCACUUCAAGCUCGGAUCGAGGCACUACAGGCAGACAACGACUUCACCAAUGAGAGGCUCACAGCUCUUCAAGUCCGGUUAGAGCAACUGCAGGAGAAAAGCAUAAAGGAAAACAACAGUUUAGACCACUUUCUUUUAAAGAGUGGAGGGGACUGCACUUUAAUCCAACAGUUCAUUGAGUGCCAGCCCGUGAAGCAGCUGAAAGGGGCUGUGGAUUCUUCCAUUCACAAACUGUCCAACUUUGACGAGGUCAUAGCUGCACAUCUUCAGAACAACCAAGCAGAUGACAACAGUUUCACCAGUCCAGAGAAACUUAAAGUGGUGUCUUCCAACCUGCCCACAGAAAAUCAGAUAGAUGCUAAAGAGUCUGAUAUGUCAGACACACUGAGCCCCAGCAAGGACAAAAGCAGUGACGAUACUUCAGACGGCCAAAUGGAUGAACAGGAGCUGAAUGAACCACAAAACCGAGUUGCCCUGCUUAAAGAUGAGCUGCAGAGGGCCAACCUUGACCCUGGAGACACGGAGCAGGUCAUCCACCAGUUGCAUAGCGAGCUACUGGAGGCACAGGAGCUCGCCAACACCGGCAAGCAGAAAUGUCUCGAGCUACAAGCUCUGCUUGAAGAGGAAAGGAGAGCCAACAGGCAGCAGACUGAGGAAUCAUCUAAACAGAUCCAGUACCUGCAGAGCCAGCUCGCCAAGCUACAGUCAGACAUGGAGGCCCUGCGCGAGCAGAGAGAGAACACCAUCUCCAAUACCCGGGAGGAACUCUACAGCGCUCAGGAGGAGGUGCUCGUGCUCCGCCAUGCCAUGGAAGCGGCCACAGCAGAAAGGGAGCGCGACAUCGCUGCCCUGCAGGGAGACCUCAUCACCGUCACGGCUGAACUCGACAAGUGGAGAAAAGCAGCGUCCAACUACGAGCUAGAGAUCAGCACCCUGCAGGAGAACUUCAAGCAGCAGAGCCAGCACCAGGAGCGAGCCUUACAGCUACAAGGGGAGCUGGAUAAGUUGCAGGCCGAGUGCUCAACCCUGCAUAGAGAGUGCGAGUCUCUGCGCUCGGAGAAAGUAACUCUGCUGGAGAAACUGCACAGGCUGGAGGUGGAGCUCAGCAGCUCCAGAGAGCAGAGCGCCACUCUCAGUAGCAACCUGAAUGCUCUGGAGAAGAGCCAGGGUGACCUGGAGAACAAACUGGGUUCCAUGCAGGACCGGCACCAGCAGGAUGCCAGCAGGCUGAAGGUGGAGCUUGCUCAGGCCGAGAACCGCACCAAGAACCUGCAGAAAGAGUAUGAGGACACUCAGAGCCAGCUGUCGGACUUGCGGCAGAGGUAUGAGCAGACCGAGCAGGAAAAGCGCUCCAUUAAUGAAGAGCUUGACCAGUGCAAGGUCAAUCUGAAGCUGCUGCAGGAGCAGGGCAAGAAUCCAUCCAUAUUGCAGCCUGUCCAAGCCAUUUUCAUCGGCCUUAUCCUGGCUUUGCUGUAUUGGUGCUUCGGCCAAAUGUGGUAGAAAGAGCGGUUGGAUGCCCUGGAUGCCGGUGGUCGCCGUCAUGGUCGCCGUGACUGCAGUGGUGCUGUAUCCCAGCCUAUCCAAGAGCUCGUCCUGAGGCAGAUAACCAAUCACAACGCAGCACAGCUCACACUGUCACCCCAAUGUCAUGUUAUAAUCCUGAGGCCUAUUCUAGACUCAUUACCUCGGAAUGUGAGAAUGCAGCACGAAGGUCUCCAGCGUGUCUGUAUAAAGUGCAUAUGUACAUAUCAUAGAAAAAGAGGGGGUAUAAAUGGUCUAACUUCUGUUAUAGAUUAAAUAAAUAUAUAUGCUUUUUUUCAGUUAGAUGGGAAUCUUGAUAAUUAAAGUGGCCUAAACUAGGCCCCCUCCCCCCUUCUUCCUCAUGGGUACCAAAUGUUUUCUGUUCACGUUUUUUUUUUGUGUGUGGUUUGCCAUGUUAGAUGUUAAUGUGGUAUUCCGAAUAGAUGCAAAGCCAAAUUAUAAUCUUAAAAGAUUGGGCACAAAGAGGUGAAGUGCCUGAUUUUAACUACUACUAGAUACGUGUAAACACUUACACACACACACACACACACACACACACACACACACACACACACACACACACACACACACACACACACACACACACACACACACACACACACACACACGCGCGUGCGCACGCAGACACAUUUUUGUCCUCAGUGAAGUGCCACUCAUGCUCCACUAAUGCGGUGUUUCAUUUGGUCGAAACGUCUGGAAAUUGUUCAGUCCUGUAUGCUGUGAUUUGUGCAUUCCAACCGACCUGUUAUACCAACAAGCGGCACAGUAAGGUCAUUGUACUCUAGCAUAGUUUUUUUGUAUUGUGUACUUAAAAGGAAAUAAUCUCGAGAGACACUACAGGACUUUUGUGUGAGGUGGUGAACAACAUGGACUUGGGUAUAUUGUAGCUCUUAAGAACACACUGUCCUGCCAUUAGGACUUGGUGGGACUCUCUCUCUCUCUGUCUCUCUCUCUCUCUCUCUGUCUCUCUCUCUCUCUCUCUCUCUCUCUCUGUCUCUCUCUCUCUCUCUGUCUCUCUCUCUCUCUCUCUCUCUCUCUCUCUCUCCCCUCUCCCCCUCUCUCUCUCUCUCUCUCUCCCCUCUCCCCCUCUCUCUCUCUCUCCCCUCUCCCCCUCUCUCUCUCUCUCUCUCUCCCUCUCUCUCUCCCCCUCUCUCUCCCUCUCUCUCUCCCCCUCUCUCUCUCUCUCUCUCUCCCCCUCUCUCUCUCUCUCUCCCCCUCUCUCUCUCUCUCUCUCCCCCUCUCUCUCUCUCUCUCCCCCUCUCUCUCUCUCUCUCCCCCUCUCUCUCCCCCUCUCCCCCUCUCUCUCCCCCUCUCUCUCUCUCUCUCCCCCUCUCUCUCUCUCUCUCCCCCUCUCUCUCUCUCUUUCUCUCUCCGUUUUGAAGAUUCAGGCUCAUCAUUGAGCGCUGCAGUUCCUUGAUCAACAUAUACAUACCAUUUUUCAGUACCUCCUGAACAAGGCUCUGAGAUCUCGCUGCCUUAUCUGUAACACGGAGAUCUAGCUCUUCUUUUAGAACGAAUCGGUAAAGUCUUUAAAGUGAGGGGUUUUUUUUUGCUUUGUUUAAAUGCCUCUUUAACUGAAGCACAGUACUACAGAAUGGAUUUCUUUACGGUGUAAUGAACAGGUUAACGGGAAUAAUUUAAGUGGUCAAACUUGGGAGUUGGAAUUGGGCAGUGUGCGUGCUGGAGAGAAAUAACCAAUGAUUUUAAAUGGUGUUGGUUCACGUUUUGUCUGCUGCGCUGUAAAUAAACUCUCAGUCAUGGAGCAAAUGGCCUAACGUUCCACCUUGUCAAUAAAUGUCCCUUUUAUUUUAUUUUUGAACUGCAAAACUAACAAAAGUCAUCUAUGGGAAUUUAAAAAAACAAAACAAAAAAACAAAACAAAUGCAAAGCAUGGUGUAGCACAGAGAGGUUCACUCUGCAAGUUCCCCAAAGUAUCAAAAGUCAUCUCCGAGCACUUUGUCUUUGAGAACUUUUCAUUUUUAUUUUUGAAGUUUCAUAUCAGAAUUUAAAAGCUCUUCCUUCACACACAACUAAGGCACGAUAAGAACAUCUGACCUUGGCAUUGUUUGUAAAUAUGUAUGUACGAAUGUACGUGUGUAAAUGUAUAUAAUAUUCACAAAUAAAGUUGAAUAUCAGUGGCACUGAUCACGUCAAA